UUUUGCUCUUAAACUACUAGGAAACGAGUAAUCGUAAUUUUGCGUAGGCAUGUUUUUACACUAAAAAUCGGGGGGGGGGGGGGUAUCACAUCCUCUUGAAUAAGUUUGAUACAAUACAUACGUGCCUAAUUUAUAUCAUACAUAAUAAAUAUAAGUUAGCAGUGGCGACACUGACUUAUCUAUGUACAUGCGUCAUAAAUGUAUAAUUAUUUAUUAAAUAGAGAUAAUAUGAAUGUAAUACUUAGUUUGUCACAAGACACAAAAUAAAUACUGAAAUUACAAUUACAUCAUAAUCAACAAAUUAAUAAUAUCAUACAAAAUAUAAGUAUCGUAAUUCAUAGUUUUAGUUUAUCAAAGUUCAUGGUGAAUGUAGUUUAAUAAAUAUACAUCAUUCUUUAAUUAUAAUUUAUAAAAUAAAAAAGAUACUGAUUAUGAAAACUGAUUUCUAGAAGUUUGUAAAAGAAGUUACAGUAGUUAUUUUUUUGAAAAUAAGUUUAUAAUUUAAUCAAGAAUAUGGAUAAUGAUGAAGGAGGUGUUGUAUUUGUGAACUGCAUUGGAUCAGAUAUUAGUUUAUGGAAAAAAGGACAAUAUGAUGAAACUUUUGAGUUUGAAUCUUGUCUACUCUACGAUGAACCUGAAUAUCAUGUUGAAAACAAAGAAAUUAAUUCAACCUGGAAAUUUUUUGAUCAUAUAACAAAAAGAUAUUUAGUAGCAAAUGGAGAAAAUGAGUUUCAUUACAAAGAAAAUUAUAGUUCUUUAAUAAAAGUUGAAAUUAAAACUCCAAUGUAUGCUUUAAAAGAACUUUGCUUAAGUACUAUUGCUACAAGGCUACUAUGUAAUGGCCAUGAAGAAUGUGAUUUUAAAGAUUUAGGAAUUCCAAAGAUGUUAAUAAUUGAAAUGGAAAGUUAUUUAAAAGAUUUAAAUAAAAUUCAUGGAGAUGAAGAUAGAGACGAAUGGAUUGACUGGACUGUAUUUUACGAAAAUGAAUAUAAAUUACAAAAUAUUUAAACAUUCAAUGUAAUUUAAA